UUCAGUGUAGCGUUGACUCGAGAUUGAAGUUUUCUUUUUUCGAUCCAGGCUUUGAAUUAAACCAUAUAAACGGCGCAGAUCGGGACCACCCUUCUACAAAAGUCUUAUUUUUGUUUUGAUUGUCGUUUUAUCGGAGCUCGUGCAGCAAGCAAACCGCGAGGAAACGGGAUGAAAUAUUUCACCAGACUGAGAGUUCGACGAGCCUACAGUUGGCUGGAAGAGCCUUUACGGUUCAACAGGAAGUUAAAAACCUAUGAAUAUCGCUCUUUGGCCAUCCGAGUGGAGGGUCUCCCGAGGACCACCGUCAUUACCACCGGCCAGCACAUCCUCAUCGAGGGAGAUGAUGAAGACAACCCGUACGUGGCCAGAGUCGUCAAGCUGUUCGGUGACGAGAACGGGAAGCAGAAAAAGGCGGUGGUUCAGUGGUUUGUCCGUGUGUCCGAGGUGCCUUUGAGCAAACUGAAGCUGCUGGGCAGAGAGCCCCACCCACAGGAGAUCUUCUUCUACCAGGGUCGAAGCUGUGACGACGAGGUCAACGCAGAGUCCAUCCUCAGACCUGUGCAGGUGAAGCACCUGGAUGGAGCGGCUCCGUUCCCGGACUCUGGUGAUAAAGACACUCUGUACGUGAAGCUGUCCUGGGACUCCAAGACCUUCAGCGUGGUGGACUCUGCGCUGGUGGACUCUGGCGCCUCUGAACAUGCACCAGCGUCCUCUCUUCCUCCCCGUCCCAAACCCUCCCUCCCCCCUUCGCCCCCGUGCUCCCCACCCACGGCGGCUCCGGCGUCGCGGGGCCCCUCUCGACGCGCUCUGCCGACCCCGGACCUCGCCGUCAUGCGCCGGGCCUUGUCGGGGGAACCGAGGCACAGCAGGGCCACCAUGAGCGCGGGGAGGGCCGGCGCCGCGGAGGCCGAGUCGCUGCACUCCGCCACCAAACUGUCAGCUUCGAAAUGUCUGAGCGCCAAAAGGAGGAGCUCCUCCGCCAGGACGCCCGGAGUCCGCAAGAAACUGGAGCUGAGCAGUCCAAACAAGACGUCGAGCCGCGAGGAAGUCCUGAGCCAGCUGCUCGACCAGGAGCUGGAGUCGGAGGUGAUGCUGGCUCAGAGGCUGUCGUCUUCUCCUCCUCAGGUGCUGCCCCUCGCCCACGGCCUCACCCCCCUCAGGACGGCCUCCAGAACGCCUGCUGCUCGGUGCCCCUUCCCCCUGAAGCCCUCCGUCGUCGUCCUCAGCAAACCGUCUGUGUCUGAGACGAUCAGUCCGCCAUCGUCUGCCAGAGACGACUCCGCCAGAGCCUCCACUCCCUCUGGAAAAAGGGACCCGAAAACCCUGAAGGAACCAGCACUGGCAGUGCUGGCCGAAGUGGACAAUGAAAACUCUCCGAUGCUGCCGGACGCCACCACGCCGAGGAGCUCGAAGAGGAAGUCGGCCCAGCUGGUGUCGUCUCGCAUCAGGAAACAGCUGAAUCUUCUGGACGGCCCGCUGGACCUGAACUCAGACGCAGAGGACGAGGACGAGUUUGUUCCCUCCAAGAAGGAGCUGCAGAGCAGCAGUGAGGAAGAUGAUGAAGAGGAGGCCGGGGCGGAUAGUGACGAGGAAGUGACGUUGAAAAAAAGCAGACAUGCUGAGUCGGGUUCUCGAACUCCCCGAUCGAAGCAGAAAACUCGCUCCUCGACCAGAACGCCACGAAAAACGCCCAACAGGAAGAUGACGGCCGGCACGGCACGGACUCCCCGCUGCGCCACUCCCAGCAUCCCCAGCCGGUCGCUGCCGGCCCGACAGCCAGCGAAUGUUCUGGAAGAGGCCAGAACGAGGCUGCACGUGUCCUCGGUGCCGGAGUCUCUGCCCUGCAGGGAGCAGGAGUUUCAGGACAUCUUCAGCUUCGUGGAGAGCAAGAUCAUAGACGGCACCGGAGGGUGUAUGUACAUCUCAGGCGUGCCAGGCACCGGGAAGACGGCCACAGUCCACGAGGUGAUGCGCUGUCUGCAGCACGCCGCCGACGUGGACGAGAUCCCUCCUUUCCACUUCAUCGAGAUCAACGGGAUGAAGAUGACCGAUCCUCAUCAGGCAUACGUCCAGAUCCUGCAGAAACUGACGGGUCAGAAGGCCACGGCCGACCACGCGGCCGCUCUGCUGGAGAAGAGGUUCAGCAACGCUGCACCCAGGAAGGAGACCACCGUGCUGCUGGUGGAUGAAUUGGACCUGUUGUGGACCAGGAAGCAGAACGUGAUGUACAACCUGUUCGACUGGCCGACGCGGCGCCACGCCCGCCUCGUGGUGCUGACCAUCGCCAACACCAUGGACCUGCCAGAGAGGAUCAUGAUCAACAGAGUGGCCAGCAGGCUGGGUUUGACCAGGAUGUCGUUCCAGCCGUACAGCUUCAAGCAGCUGCAGCAGAUCAUCAUGUCGAGGCUGAACAAGGUGAAGGCCUUCGAGGAGGACGCCCUCCAGCUGGUGUCCAGGAAGGUGGCCGCUCUGUCGGGCGACGCUCGCCGAUGUUUGGACAUCUGUCGCCGGGCGACGGAGAUCUGCGAGCACUCUGCCGCCGACCCUUCCGCCACGGGAUUGGUGGGAAUGAGUCACGUGAUGGAGGCGCUGAACGAGAUGUUUUCCUCCGCCUACGUCACCGCCAUCAAGUGUGCGUCGGUGCAGGAGCAGCUCUUCCUCAGGGCCGUCAUCGCUGAGUUUCGCCGGCUCGGAUUGGAGGAGGCCACCUUCCAACAGGUGUUUGUGCAGCACCAGGCUCUGUGUCGGGUGGAGGGUCUGCAGCCCGUCAGCGUGUCGGAGGGCCUGGCGGUGUGUCAGCGGCUGGGAGCCUGCAGGUUACUGCUGCUGGAGCCCAGUCGCCUGGGAGUCCUGCAGCGUGUCCGGCUCAACGUGAGCCAGGACGACGUGCUCUAUGCCCUGAAGGCGGACUGAAGGACGUCCUCGUCGGCUGUCUGUAUGUACUGUAUACAGAUACCUGAUACUUUAUCAUCAUGUUGUAUUUGUACGUUUGGCACAAAGGGCGUUUUGCUUUAUUUGUCUCUAUUUGUCUUUAUUUCUAUUCAAUUUUAGCCUUUAGAGAUUAUUCAGUGUAAA